AUGUACAGGCAUGAGAUUGUGAGAACUGUGAAGAAACCCAAACUAAGCAAACAUAAAGAUCAGAUCUACACUGUCCUCCUUCCCUGGGCGGCAGAGGUGGCCCGUCGGUUUCAUAUCCCGUCGGCUUUUCUCUCCAUCCAGUCUGCUACAACAUUCGCUAUAUAUCGAUGCUUCUUUGACAGUCGAAACGGUUUGUGCAGCAAUGGUGACUAUAGUCAAUCUAUAGAGUCGAUUAUAUUGCAUGAUGAGUUGCCUCCUUUGAGAGCCAUGACUUGCCAUCAUUUCUUUCUCAACUGCUCUAGACGGGAUUAUAUCCAAUGGCUGGACGCUAAGUCAAAUUCCUCCGUGGUCUAUGCAUCCUUCGGAAGCAUGGUCGUUUUAAAUGAAGAUCAGAUAGGAGAGAUCUUCCAAGGUUUACUCGAGACGAAUCGACCAUUCCUGUUAGUGAUUCGGCCAAAUGAUAAUGCCGAAGGAAUCAUUGCUAAUAAGAUGAAGGGUUAUCUUGACGGUCAAGAACAAGGACUGAUAGUGCCUUGGUGUUCACAAGUGGAGGUUCUCAACCACCCCACAGUCGGGUGCUUCGUGACUCAUUGCGGAUGGAACUCGACCCUCGAGAGCCUGGCGAUGUGCGUGCCUAUCGUGGCAUGCCCGCACUUCUCGGAUCAGCUAACGAACGCGAAGAUGGUGGAUGUGGUGUGGAAGAAUGGAAUUAUGGUCAGGGCAAGAGAUGGAGGAGGGCUGGUGGAGAGGAAAGAGAUAAGGAGGUGUGUGGAAGUAGUCAUGGGAGAUGGAGAGAGAGGAGAAGAGAUCCGAAGAAAUGCUUUGAAGUGGAAAGGUUUGGCCAUGGAAGCUGUGAAGGAGGAAGGAGGACCUUCACAUCAUGAUUUAAGAGUUUUCAUGGAUAGAUUUAAAUAAUUGUAUUUAACAAAAUAUAUAAAUGAGUAUUAGUGAAUCUUUUAUUUGUGUAUGAACUUAAGAAUUUGCAUGUAGUUAACAUUUCCGGAUUUUACUGGAAAAAAAUAAUUGUCACAUCGUG